AUGGGCUCUAUCAUAUUCUUACUUGUCUAUGUCGACGACGUCAUUAUCACAGGUAACAACUCUCCGUUAACAGAGCAACUCAUAGAAACUCUUGAUAUUCAGUUUGCACUUAAGGACUUGGGACAACUUCGAUAUUUUCUAGGAAUACAAGUACGCUAUUUAGACUCCGGCCUACUGAUAAACCAAUCAAAGUAUGUGGAUGACCUACUGCAUAAACUUCAAAUGACUGACGUGAAACCAAUGCCCUCACCAAGCGUGCAAGGCAGGAAACUAUCAAAGACUGAUGGACAGCCCCUCUCUGAACCUUACAUAUAUCGUAGCACCAUCGGCGCCCUUCAAUAA